AUGGGUAAACUGAGCAAAGAUAGAAGGGACAUUUACUACCGAAAAGCAAAGGAGAACGGUUAUCGAGCCCGGAGUUCUUAUAAACUGAUUCAGAUAAAUGAAAAAUUUGAAAUUUUUAAAUUAUUUGAUCCGAAUAUAUACAAUAAUACAAAUAUAAAUGAUUUAAUAAAAAUAUAUAAUGAGAAUUAUUGUUACAACGUAGUUGACUUGUGUGCAGCUCCUGGGAGUUGGUCACAAGUUUUGAAGAACAUAUGUUUAUACAACUAUUAUCGUAUUUUGAAUAUUAUAAACAAAAAUAAUGGAGAUCAAUUAAAGUGUAAAGAAGAAGAUGACGAAUUUAUAAAAAAUUUUUCACUGUAUAUUAAUUUGAAUGAUGCUUUAGAAAAAAAAAUAAAGAAUUUAAAGAGAAGCGAAUUAAUAAAAGAGCCUAAAAUUAUAGCGGUAGAUUUACAAGAAAUAGGGAACAUGAAUUAUGUACAAGUUAUACAAGGAGACAUUACAAAAAUGUCAACAGUAAACAAAAUUUUGAAGUGCAUGCAUAGUGAGAAGGUGCAAAUUGUAACAGGAAGUCAAACGAGUGAAGGGGGAACUACCAUAAAUGAAAAUACGAACGAGAGGGUUAAUAGUGAUGAUAGUAUCAGUAGUGAUAAUAACAGCAGUAGUGAUAAUAACAGCAGUAGUGAUAAUAGCAGCAAUAGUGAUAAUAGCAGCAAUAGUGAUAAUAGCAGCAGUAGUGAUAAUAGCAGCAGUAGUGAUAAUAGCAGCAAUAGUGAUAAUACCAAAAGUAUGCGCAAAAGAAGGGAAGAGCCUAAUUUCUCCUAUGCGCACACUGUUGUAAGCGAUGGAGCACCUGACAUUACAGGAAUGAAUGAUAUCGAUGAAUUCAUUCAAUCUCAGUUAAUUUUAUCAAGUUUAAAAGUUUGCUGCUCUGUUUUAAAAAUAGGAGGAAAUUUUAUUAGUAAAAUUUUUAGAGGUGAACACACAGGAUUAUUAAUUGUUCAUUUAAAUAAAUUCUUCAAAAGAGUUUACGUGUGUAAACCACAAAGUAGUAGAAACAAAAGCCUUGAAUCUUUUCUUGUUUGUCUCAAGUUCUCACUGCCUUUAUCUAAUAUUACAGCUUUGAGUAAUCUCACGGAAGAAGAAUGUUUUAAUGAUAAGAGAUAUAAAAGUGAAAAAGAACUUCGAAGAAAACAUACGCAUUUAAUUAUUAAGAAAAAUUAUGACCACAAAAAUGGAACAGCUGGGAGAGGUUCAGAAAAAGAAGAAAAGGAACACACAAAUGAGGAAGCAUAUGAUUUUGACGAAGGGAAGAGCGAAAUGGAUUCGAGUAAAAAGGACAAACAGGGGGAAGGAAAACAUGAUGAUAUGAAGAAUGGUGUGAAGAAUGAUGAUAUUAGGGACGAUUUGAAGAAUUAUUCGAAAAUAGAUGGACAUGAAGGUAAACAUAGUGGCAACGAUAGAGGGGAAUAUAUUACACGUGGAUACGAUAAUGAAAGUAAUGACAAAUCUACAAGUGAAGAAGAAAACGAGGACAAAAUGGACGCCUUAAUACCAGAUAAAUGUAAUAUGAAAAAUAAUUACAGAGCAUUAAAAGAUGAAGAUAUAAAUAAAGAAGAUUUAGCUACGUGUGAUGUAUUGUGUGGUGAUAUUAAUAAGAAAGAAAAUUUCACAAAUUAUCGUUCAAAAAAAAAAAAUAAUGAUAUAUUUAAUUUUUACUGUUCUGAUAGUGAAGAGGAAAUAAAAUAUUUUAACUCAGAAGAUGAAGAAAUUAUAAAUGAUUACAUUUCAUCUGAAGUUUUUAUGAACAAUAAACUAUUUUCGUUUGUAGCAACUCAAAAUUACUACGAUUCAGAUAAAUCUUAUUUAUUACCACAAAAUUAUGUGAGACACGAACCUCAGUUGAUGCCUCUGCAUCCUCCUUAUUUGAUUUCAUUACAGAGAAAAAGGCAAGAAAGGAAAAAGUAG